GCAAAUAGAAAAAGAGGGGGAGUAGAAAAGCCCCGAUUCUGAAACACAGGACGAACAACUAAGAUGCCACUGGGGAAGUACUACUGUGACUAUUGCGACAAGGAGUUCCAGGACACUGCUUAUGCCAGAAAGAGACAUCUCCAGAGCAUUCAGCAUCAGAGAGCCAAAUCUCUCUGGUACCAGAAUUACCCUUCUGCCCUUCCUUUUCCUUCUCCCCCACUCUGCAAUCGCUUCCUCUCUACAGGAUCAUGUCCAUAUGGAGAUUCUUGUAAAUAUCUUCAUCCUAAGCAGAAUCUGCAAAGUGCUAAUACUUCAGUAUCGAACUUCACGGGCAAUUUUCAGUCACUUGAUACGAAUCAACAAGCUGCGGGAGCCUCUUCCCAAGGCAACAUUCUGAGAGAUGGUCUGGGAGUUUCACUAGGAAAUUUACCUCCCUCACUAAAACCUCCUCCAGAGGGAGGGUAUCCAUCACUUCCUUUUGUGGAUUGGGGAUAGACCUGUGAUUGUGUAUAACAUUGAAUUUAUAUCUAUGUUAAAAACAGAUUUUCCCGGAUGUUAGCUUAUCAUUGUUUUUGUUCAAGAUCCAUGUGUCAUAAUUACCUUGUAUAGCUCAAAUUUGAUGCAUCUGUGGCCAUAUUAUUUUAUUUACUGGGACGUUAUAAAGCUUAUUAAUACAGUGAUUAUAUUUAAAUACAA